AUGAGUCAGCAUUUGGGUGAUAACUCCUACAGGAUUAGAGUGUUUCCUGGAAUCCUGUUUGUUUUUAUCCACCCGUCCCAGCACAUAAAGGGUGCCAUUUUGAUUUUUAUGGGGAUUGUUGUCCUCACUAUGAAGGCAUCUGUUAUUGAAAUGUUCCUUGUUUUGCUGGCGACUGGAAUACACUCAAAUAAAGACAUGACAAAGAAGAUUAAAAGGCCCAAGUUAACUGUGCCUCAGAUCAACUGUGAUGUCAAAGCCGGAAAGAUCAUCAAUCCUGAGUUCGUUGUGAAAUGCCCAGCAGGGUGCCAAGACCCCAAAUACCACGUUUAUGGCACGGAUAUCUACGCGUCUUACUCAAGCGUGUGCGGUGCUGCGAUUCACAGUGGUGUGCUUGAUAAUUCAGGAGGGAAAAUACUUGUUCGGAAAGUUGCCGGGCAAUCUGGCUAUAAGGGGAGUUAUUCCAAUGGUGUCCAGUCAUUGUCCCUGCCACGCUGGAGAGAGUCCUUCAUCGUCUCAGAAGGUAAAUCCCAAAAGGGUGUAACCUACCCAUCGGCGCUCACAUACUCAUCAUCUAAAAGCCCUGCUGCGAAAACAGAUGAGACCACGAAAGCCUACCAGAAGCCACCAGUUCCAGGAACAACCGCACAGCCAGUCACCCUGACGCAGAUAACGGGAGCCACUGCCACUGGAGCCGCCCACGCCAGCCUGCCAAAGCCGUCCCCCUCUGCCGGCUCCACCAGCAGCAGCCUCGGACCCCAGCCCGUGGGCCUCAGGAGCGGGGAGCUGGAUCUCUGGGCCACCAGCACCUACACAAGCGGCCAAAACAGCCCCCACGCGGAUCCAGGGGAAAUGGACUUGUGGAAACCUGGAUCGGUCCUUUUAGAUGCAGGAUUUGUUCCAAAAGAAGAAUUAAGCACGCAGGCUUUGGAGCCGCUAUCCCAGGGAGAUCCAAACUGCAAAAUUGACUUGUCAUUUGUAAUUGACGGGAGCUCAAGCAUUGGCAAACGUCGAUUCCGAAUCCAAAAGCAGUUCCUGGCUGAUGUUGCCCAAGCUCUUGACAUUGGCCCUGCUGGUCCACUGAUGGGCAUCGUUCAGUAUGGAGACAACCCUUCUGCCCAGUUUAACCUCAGAACUCACAUGAAUUCCCGGGAUCUGAGAACUGCCAUAGAGAAAAUCACCCAGAGAGGAGGGCUUUCCAAUGCAGGCCGGGCCAUCUCCUUUGUGACCAAGAACUUCUUUUCCAAAGCUAAUGGGAACAGAGGCAGUGCUCCCAAUGUGGCCGUGGUGAUUGUGGAUGGCUGGCCCACCGACAAGGUGGAGGAGGCUUCGAGGUUUGCAAGGGAGUCAGGAAUCAAUAUUUUCUUCAUCACCAUCGAAGGUGCCACUGAAAAUGAGAAGCAGUAUGUGGUGGAGCCCAACUUCUCUCAUAAGGCUGUGUGCAGAACAAAUGGCUUCUACUCGCUCAAUGUGCAGAGCUGGUUCAGCCUCCACAAGACAGUGCAAGCCCUGGUGAAGCGGGUCUGUGACACCGACAGACUGGCCUGUAGCAAGACCUGCUUGAACUCGGCCGACAUUGGCUUCGUCAUCGACGGCUCCAGCAGCGUGGGGACAGGCAACUUCCGCACGGUUCUCCAGUUUGUGGCCAACCUCAGCAAAGAGUUUGAGAUUUCGGACAUAGACACGCGAAUCGGGGCUGUGCAGUACACCUACGAGCAGCGGCUGGAAUUUGGAUUUGACGAUUACAACACCAAGUCUGACAUCCUCAAUGCCAUCAAGAGGGUGGGAUACUGGAGUGGUGGGACCAGCACGGGGGCCGCCAUCAACUAUGCCCUGGAACAGCUCUUCAAGAAGUCCAAACCCAACAAGAGGAAGUUAAUGAUCCUCAUCACUGAUGGGAGAUCCUAUGAUGACGUCCGAAUACCGGCCAUGGUUGCCCAUCACAAGGGAGUGAUCACCUACGCAAUAGGUGUCGCAUGGGCUGCGCAGGACGAGCUGGAAGUCAUUGCCACUCACCCCGCCAAGGACCAUUCCUUCUUUGUCGACGAGUUUGACAACCUGUACAAAUUUGUCCCCAAGGUCAUCCAGAACAUUUGUACAGAGUUCAACUCACAGCCUCGAAACUGA